GCAUUUAUCUUGAAUAAUGUCACUAUUUAAAAUCUGUAACUGGUGGAAAACUCAGUGUCCCGACGUGGAACCCAACUACGAUUCAUUUUCCGUCCACUGCACACGGUUGUGCCUGGAGGAAGGUGAAAAAGAUAGCAUAAUCGUGGGCUCCCAUUCGGGUCACCUAUCGAUUUACCAGCCAUCGAGUAGAAGCACAGCGGACGGAGAAUCUGACGAGGAUCAACUCUUUGAAAAUGUGUUCCAGUAUUCAGAUGUGAUAUUGGAAACUAAAUUAACACUUCCUGUCAUUGGAAUAACGAGUGGAAAAUUUACUACAGCGGCCAAAGCGGACCCAAAAUUACACAUUGCUGUGUUGCAUCCAAUGAAGGUGUGCAUUUACCAACUUUUAACGCUGGAUGGCAUUGCUGACCAUGGCGAUCAUACAAAACUGAUGAUGCUAUACGAGCACCCUCUCGGCAAAGCAGCAUUUUCAUUAUGUCGGGGAAACUUUGGGGGUGUUAAAGGGCGCGAUUUCCUCUGCAUUCAACACAUGGAUGGUUCCUUGAAGUUUUUCGAACAAGAUGGAAUAUCGUUCGAGCGUGAUUUGCCAGGUGAACGGAACAUUCCCUCGCCGAUACAUUACAUACCCAGGACCGAUUGUUUCGUAACGGUGUCCCCUGGUUGGGAUCUUGAGUGCUACCGAUACCAAGAUCUUUCUGAGCCAAAUGUCUCGCUUCGAAGAAAUGAUCCCAUCUGGUCGCUGUGCAUCGGAGAAUAUGCACUGGAUUUGAAUGUGCAUCAAGUAUCAAAUGUGGAGUCGGUUAUAAUAGUUUUGGGAGAGAACAAUCUAUUUUGCCUAACAGAUACCGGAAAACUGAAGUUUAUCAAAAAACUGGAUUACUCACCCAUCUGUUUCUUCUCUUUCGUCAUCGGAUGGUAUUGGGAACCAGAUGCUCGACUUAUGAUAGCAAUAGUGUCGGAAAGUGGUUCCUCACUGCUGUAUGAGGGUUCCCAAAUAGUUUGGUCUGCAGAGCUACCAGAAGUACCAGUGGCAUUGUCACGUGCCAAUGUAUCUGGAUUGCCAGGGGCACUUGUGACGCUAGACAACACCGGUGUCCUUAGCGUGGGCUUCCUCGGUUCGGAGCCCCAUCUCUUCAAAGUACCUCCGUUGAACCUCGCUCCUUUGGAGGUCGCAAAAUGCCAAAAGGAAAUGAUGGAAUUGGAAAAGGAAAUUCGAGCCGGAGUUGAUUUUAGCGAUAUUGCCUUGAUCAAUGCUGCCACGGAACGGGACGUAGCAUUGCACGCUAUACUCGAUCCGAAGCUUGAACGAUGUACCUUUUCUACUAACAUCUCAACCGAGGAAAUAAGUGUCAGCAUGUGUCAAAUUGUAGUAACAGCAACAACCCGCAUCAAUCUAGAAUUGCUUCAAAUAUGCGUUGCAACAGAUCCAGCACUAAAGUGUAGCAAAGAGAUUUUCAUGUUUCGCGAUAUCGGAGCCGACAAGGUUCAAAAGGUAGAAACCUGGAUCUAUCCUUUCGAGGCAGCAAUUCCAGCUGGCUUAACGGUUCAUGUUUCAUGCUCUUAUACCAACAAGCAAGGCAUCUCAAGGGUGCUUCAAAAAUGUGUCAUUCUACCGCUGGAAAUGUUUGUUAAAUCAACUCAGGCUUCUAAAGAAGCCAGUCAUAAGGUUACGCUAACAGUUCACAACUCGAAUGAAGGACUUGUUAACCUGUUUCCGGAAUUCUUUAGUGAAGGAAGUCCGCACGCCCUAGGAUUGCUGUCGGUCAUAACAGGGAGCAAGGCCACCAUUGUGGCAGCGAAGAACUCUAACCGUUACAGGGUACAAUCAGAAGAUCUGUCAGCAAUACCGUUGAUAAUUUCUGCACUUAUUGAGCGAAUACAGCGACGCAACGGAAGUAACACUGAUCCGGAUAGCAAGAAACCUAUUUUAAAAGUUUCCAUUUCAUCAAGCCCCCCGAUCGAAGGAUUAUUGGAGGAGAUCGAUAAACAUUACAAUCUUCGGCUGCAAUACAAAAAAGUGUCGGACGAAUUGGAGGUUCGCACAGGUCAAAUGCGACUUUUUGAGCGUAGAUUUGUCGUUAAGCUGCAGGAACGCUCGUUGCGAGCCUUAGAUGGAAUACUGAUGUUGCUGAAAAAGAAUCACGUUGGAAUAGCUAAAACAUAUGCUGAAUUGAAAGCAAUCAAUUCUCAAAUCAAGAUAUCUCAAAUCCAUCUUUCAGGGCUUUUCAGUUUGUUCGAAGCCUGUUUCGUCCAUUCAGAUAUUUCAGCGAAAUGCCUGGACACGGUCAGAAGCAUUUUUACGACACCCGUGUUUGACUGUUCUGAGCACAGUUGGGAGGAAAUGAUACAACCGAUGUUAAAUUUCUUAUCCCAAAACGGACCCCUCCGUGCAACGACGGGCAUAUCGUCAUUCGAUGAGAAGUACGUGUUUGCCGUGGAUGAUAACUUUCACCUGGAACAGUUCAAGAAACAACUUACGGCCUUGUUUGCUCGUAUCGGCGAGAAGCGUUCCAAAACUAGACGAUCCAGUGCGGAUUUCGAGGAAGAGUUGGAAGAACUUGCUGAUGAAAAUGAAGCAACAACGAGCGAAUGGGUCAGUUACGAGAAACCGAGUGAUAUGCCUCUAUAAUAAGGAUGUUUAGGUUAAGGAAGAUUUAGGUAUGUGCUAAGUGGCUUAGUAGGUGCUUGUCAUCUAUCCUCGUUAUCUCGUUUAAUGUAAUGUGAUAGUGAACGAAA